CUGGGUCACCGAUCGAGAAUCGUUUAUGUCACAGUUGUGUGAGUUGCUUUUACAUAUUACGAGCUACUUUCAAUGGAUAGACCGACCCCACUGGGCCUACUGUGUAGACGCUUUGCACCUGCUGCUUAGGGAUCAGAUCAUAUCGGGGCAGACUGACCACAUCAAACCGGAUGAAACUAGGUCAGGCUGAAUCAAACCAGACUGAGACCACAUCAGAACAAAGCAGACCAGACUGAUCCAGACGAUCCCCGGCCCGUCCAGGAGGCCCGUUACAGUUUCCUAUCCAGUUGAGGGCUCGAGAGUGGAUGGAAGGAGAUGAUUUUAACACAGAGGCUGUGAUGAACAUCUGUGAUGACCUGAUGGCAGACCAAAGGAUGGACAUCUCGUCGACAAUGACUGACUUCAUGUCCCCCAGCUCCACCGACCUCAUCUCCAGCUCCAUCAGCACGCCUGGCAUGGACUACACCCGCAAGAGGAAGGGCAGCACUACUGACUACCAAAUCGAUGGCUUCUCAUUUGAUGAGAUGGACCCAGACAAAGAUAAACUGGGAAGUGACCAACAGGGCCGGAUUAAGAAUGCCAGAGAGGCUCACAGCCAGAUCGAAAAGCGCCGCAGGGACAAGAUGAACAGCUUCAUCGACGAGCUGGCGUCACUGGUGCCCACCUGUAACGCCAUGUCCCGCAAACUAGACAAGCUGACGGUCCUGCGCAUGGCUGUCCAGCACAUGAAGACACUCAGAGGUGCUGCCAACCCGUACACAGAGGCCAACUACAAACCUUCCUUCCUGUCAGACGAUGAACUGAAGCACUUAAUAUUACGGGUGAGUGCUGCACAAAUUCAUUCAAACCUUAAUGUAAGACUCGGGAAAUCAGUUGAGGGAGAACUUCAUUUUCAAUGA